ACCUACAGGAUAAUUCUUUCUUCAUUAGUCAAAUUUGGAUAGGUGGCAAAUUUUCCUCUUAACUUCACUGAUUGUUUUUUUUUUAAUAAAAAAGUUGGAAAUGAAAUCAGGAGCGUGAAACAUUUGAUUUAGGGGAGAAGGAAGAGGAUUAGGGUUUAGGCAUCUCUCCGACAUGGUUGGUGUAGCAGAAACUUCAGACGAAGUCAAUGGGUCGAGCAGCAGCAUUCCCUCCUCACAAAAGAGAAAACGCUCCUCAGUAUCUUCUUCUGGUGACGGCGCGAAGAAACGCUCGCUGAUGCUCUUGGAUUCCGAUCUUCUCGACUGUCCCAUUUGCUACGAACCUUUGACAGUUCCCAUCUUCCAGUGUGAUAAUGGACACUUAGCUUGCUCUUCUUGCUGUCCCAAAUUGAGUAAUAAAUGCCAUGCCUGUGCUUCCCCCAUUGGUGACAAAAGAUGUAGAGCGAUGGAGAAUGUUCUUGAAUCCAUUUUCACCCCAUGCCCAAACGCCAAGAUGGGUUGUACAAAGAAUGUCUCUUACGGGAAAGAAUCAACGCAUCUAAAACAAUGCAGCUUCUCUCUUUGCUCCUGCCCUGUAGUCAACUGCCGUUACGCUGGAUCAUACAAGAAUCUCUCCGACCACUACUGUCUUACCCACCCGGAUAGUGAAUGUUCAGAUUGUUUCAUUUGUGGACUCUCCUUCACCGUGCAGACGAACAUCAGCGAUAAGAUAUUAGUUUUGUGGGAAUAUAAGAAGCAUCUGUUGUUUACGGUGGAGUGUUUCGCGGAGCCGUAUGGUGUUAAUGUUGCCGUAAGCUGCAUCGCACCGUGUGCUCCGGAAGUAGGAGAAUUCUCAUACAAUCUCUCGUACACUGUGGAUGGACACACCGUGACUUACGAAUCACCAGACGUGAAGAGGGUUCUUCAAGUGAGCGGUCAAACCCCUCAAGAGAAUUUCAUGUUGAUCCCUAACAGUUUAUUGCGUGGUGAUUUGUUGAAGAUGAAGCUUUGCAUCAAAUCAAGAAGCUGAACAACCGAGCAAGAAGAGUGGGGUCAUAUAGAAGAAGGUCCUUCUAUCUUUUAUAGUGAAUGAACUAGUAAAAUCUAUCCAUGCACCCCAAACUGGCGUUAAUAUGCAUGUUUUGGCAUAUGAUAUAUAUAUAACUAAGAUCUGUUCUAGGCAUAAACAUUUUUGGCUUUACAGAUUGGUUUAUUUAGUUUGAGAAAA